AGAGAGUGGUUUGUGUGCUCUCGUAGUUUGUUGUUCUAACAUGUUAAGAAUACGAAUAAGAAUCUUCAUUAUUAAAGACAUUGUUAACAAUGCAUUUACAAACGUCAAUAAUAGAAGCUGCAUUAUAGAGAGAAGAAAGCAGACAUCACGAGUAGCGGCGCUGCACAGAAAACCGAUAGUCUGCUGUCCAGUGAGAGAGAAGCUGCAUUACAUCAAGCUGCCACACGUGCAAAAAUUUCAGCAGUCUACCGACCAGAGAGAAGCUGCAUUUCAACAGACGAAGUCGGCAACCUGUGCGCGUGCGACAAUCGUCUAGACAACGUUCAAUCUUAUUUUUAGCUAGCUAUUUUGGUGAGUCAUCAUGACCAGUAUCAAUUAUUCAUUGGAAAAAACUAGUGCUUUAAAUUCGCAGGUUAUAUGUAAUAAGCUUAAUUUUAAUGAUAGGUAUGUAGAUACUACCUUUUUGUUGAAUCAUUUAAAGAAUACAAUUUUUAAAAUAUUAAAACUAGGUUCAGUAAGGUUUUUCGGUAAUAUUCGUUGGUUUCUCGCUCUAAAAGUAGAAUUAAUAAAACUUAUAGUAAAUAACGAAGAUAAUGAUCAACAACUAAAAACAGAUGCUGUAUUUCAUAGCACAUCUCAAAAUAUUGUUAACAUCCAUGCUAAUGACGAAGAUUUAGAGUCGCAAUUUAUACGUGCAUGUGAUAAAAUUCAUAAUUCACUAGAUAAAUACGUAUCUCACGGUUCAGGUUGGGUAGUUUCAAGAAUUAAAUCACUUGAUAUUAAUUUUUUACGAUUUCAACCGUUAUACGGCUCAAAUUCUAGCUAUAUAAAAACCCCAAAAGAGAUAAUAAAUAAAAGAGCAGUUAUUAAUAUUAAAAAUCCUAAUGAUGGUAAAUGUUUUUUAUGGAGUAUUUUAGCAUAUUUUAAUUAUGGAAAAUGUAGAAUGCAAGUUGAAUAUCUUAAAAAUUAUGAGAAUAAUUUAAAUACUCGUGGAAUUAAAUUUCCAGUCGAAUUUCGCUAUAUAAAAAAGUUUGAAGCAUUAAACCAAAACAUUUCAGUCAGUGUUAUAGCAUAUUGUAUUAAGACUAAACAAUUUUUCCCCUAUAGAAUUUCAAUAUACAGAGAACGUGAGCAUCAAAUUAGCUUACUCUUGCUAAUAAAUAAGGAAAAUGUAAAACAGGCACAUUACUGUUUAAUUAAUACAACUAAAGGAAAAAACGGUUUAUCACGAUUGUUGGCCUCACUGGAUAAAUCCGAACAUGCACAUCUUGUAUGUCCAUUUUGUUUUCACCGAUUCACUAAGAGACCUAAUGGAAAAAAAAUUUAGAGAUACAUAUUAGAAUUUGCUCAAAAUUCGGUGAACAGCAGACUAGUUUACCGGAAAAGAACAGCCCAGACUCGAUUAUUAAGUUUACAAAUUAUACAGCUACAUUAAAAUUUAAAUAUGUUAUAAAUGCUGAUUUCGAAAGUUUUAUUGUCCCUGUUAAUAAUGCUGAACAUACUGAGAGCGAUGAUGAUGAUGACUGUGAUGAUUUAGAGAAUAGGUCUUACACACAUAAAACCAGCAAACAUACUGCUUGCAGCUAUAGUUAUAUAGUAUUGAAUCAAGAAGGAGAAAUUCAUCUAGGCCCUGUAUUGUGCAGAGCAAGCUAUGUAGGUGAACCGAUAAUUGAAAAAUUUAUUGAAGAAAUUGUUGAAAUAGGGA